AUGUGCAUCCCCAUUUGCUGUCCGUGCGACGGUGACGAUAUGUGUUGCUGCCUAUGCGGCUCGCUCACUGCGUGCUGCUGUUGUGGAGGCGGCAACGACCGUCGCGACGACUACCGCCGCCAGCCACCACCGCCCCAGCGCGUCGUCUACGUGCAGCCCGUCGUCGUCCAGAAAGGUCCUCCGCGUCACCACGGUCGCUAUUAA